AUGAUUGCUACGAUUGUGGGUAACCUAACCCUGAUUGCCGCCAUCUUCUGGAAGCGAUCACGUCUUGUGAAACGGGUGAACAUUUUUCUCGUGAAUCUAGCUAUCGGUGAUCUGACCGUCGCCAUGAUCACCAUGACAACCGAGAUCCUUUUCAUUGCGUUCGGCGAAUGGGUGCUCGGAGAGGUCGUGUGCAAAAUCAGCGUCUACCUGCAGAUUGUGACGUUAGCCAGUACCACGUUCCUGAUGACGGGCAUGAGUAUUGAUCGAUACCAAGUGAUCGUCAAACCUUUACAAUCGCUUCGAAGCAGACCAAAAAUCCGAACUAAGGUGAUCACAGCUUGGGUGAUGGCCUUUAUUUUUGCCAUUCCACAGUUACUUAUUUUUGUUCAGGUUGAAAAGACCAAAGCGGACGGGAGUACGCAGUUGAAAUGCGUCAGCAAGGGCUACACAAAUGAAUGGCAACGAAAAGUUUAUUUCACUUUCCUUACUGCCUAUAUUCUUGUAAUUCCAGGGGUGGUGAUGUUUUAUUGCUAUUCAAACAUUACCCGGGUGGUUUUCAGUCGGGCUAAUGAAAUCCCCCAGAUCCGUCACAAUAACGUAUCGGUCAAUACUAAUCGUAUCUCGAUCAACCAAUCGCUUGUAUCGGCGUCAAAAAGACGCGUCGUAACAAUGACCCUGACAGUCAUCAUCGGUUUCGUCACCUGCCUCACGCCAUACUUCAUUGUCAACUUAGUGAGAAUUUACAGCAAUUACACGAUCGGUAUGAAAAAGGCUUUGCACGUCUCCGAGGCGAUCUUUAUGACGCACAGCGCGCUCAAUCCAAUCCUAUACGGAAUUUUCUCCUUACGAAUUGAACACCUUUAUAAAGUGUUAAAUACGUGUCUGUGCCUGGUGCCUGUCAGAAACGCCAUGGAAAGAGACACCAGCGUCGACAGCCUGGGACAGAUGAACAAUCUUGGUAUGCUACGAUUACGGUUUGCUCGGUUGGGCAGGGAGAAGAGUCCUACGACGCCCAUCGCCCACAAUGGACAGUCUUUUGCUAGGAAGAGCUUUUUACGAAAGAAUGUCGGAAGGGCGUUCAAAGUAACAUUUAAGCAGAACUCAAAUACUUUCCAUUCAACGUUACAAACUCAAAACCUACGGACAGAUACCAGACUGUGUAACGUUUGA